CACUGUUUCGAUUUUAUGUUUUUUUUCAGUCUUUCGGAAAACCCCAUAAGGAAAGCACAGUCCGUUUUUAUUUUAAUAUUUUUUUUCAACACAUUUUUUGUUGGUGAAUUUUGUGAAUUUUUAUUUGGGAAAACUCAAAAUCGUAUAUAGUCUCUGAGAUUCAUUUUAACCGACGCGUAAUCGCCGAGAUCUAAAUCAUUCAGCGUGGUGCUUUGAUAUCAAGUGGCAGCGUAAGUUGUUGAAUCGUCAUUAGGAAUCAUUGCAAGUAUUUUAAGGAGCAUAAUGCGUGGACAACUGAUGCGACGUGGCCCCGCCUUGGCAAAGCAACUGAUCCUUUCGCCCGCGUCCUUCCGCAUCGAGCAGGUCCGUUUUGCGACUGCCGGUUGCGGGGCAGGCGAUGUCAAGGGGGGCAAGGGCCUCGUACUCGGUCUUUACGAGAAGGAGUCGGGCAAGGGUCCGCGCCUCACGCCCGCCGGAGAAAAGUUCGACGACCGGGUCCAGGGCAAGCUGUCGGAGCUGGUGUGCGAGACGAAGCUGACGGGGCGACUCGGUCGCGGCAAGGUCUUCAACAACAUAGACCCCGACUUUCGGUCCAUAUGCGUGGUGGGCGUGGGCCUGGAGGGCAUUGCCUUCAACGAACUCGAGAUGCUCGACGAGGGCAUGGAGAAUGUCCGAGUGGCAGCGGGGAUCGGUGCCAGAUCCCUGCAAACCAUCGGCUGCAACGAGGUCCAUAUAGACAACAUGGACUAUGCAGAGCAGGCGGCGGAGGGCGCGGCCUUGGCGAUAUGGCGCUACGAAGAGAACCUGGCCAAGAAGUACCGCAGCACCAUACCCAAGCUGGAGCUCUACGGUUCGCCAGACGUCGAGUCGUGGACGAGGGGUCUGUUCAAGGCCGAGGCCCAGAACUUGGCGCGGCGCAUCUGCGACGCCCCAGCCAACUGCAUGACCCCCACCAUCGUAGCCCAGACCGCUGUGGACGCUCUGUGCCCCUGCGGCAUCACUGUCGAGGUGCGCACCAUGGAGUGGAUAGAACAGCAGCACCUCAACUCCUUCCUUAUGAUUGCCAAGGGCAGCUGCGAGCCGCCCGUUCUCCUGGAGGUGGCCUAUUGCGGCACCUCACCCGAGGACAAGCCCAUUCUGCUGGUCGGCCAGGGCAUAACGUUCAAUUCCGGAGGCAUCAACCUGCGCGCUUGCAAGGGCAUGGACGAGUUCCGUGGUGACCUUACCGGAGCAGCUUCAAUCCUGGCCGCGAUGCGGGCAGCAGCUGCCCUCUCUCUGCCAAUCAAUAUCACAGCCGUGAUACCGUUGUGCGAGAACCUGCCCUCCGGCAUGUCCUGCAAGCCGGGUGAUGUGGUCACCCUGCUGAACAGUAAGUCUCUAGCCGUCCGUAACAUCAGCCGCACCGGUGUCGUGGUCAUAUCCGAUCCCAUGCUCUAUGGCCAGAUUACGUACAAGCCCCGGUUGGUGGUGGACAUUGGGUCCAUGUGCACGGGCGUCAAGAAGGCCGUCGGCGGUGGCGCCACCGGCAUCUGGUCGAAUUCGCACUACAUUUGGAAGCAGUUCCAGCGGGCUGGAUCCCUGACCGGGGACCGGCUCUGGCGAUUCCCCCUGUGGCGCUACUACAAGGACCGUGUGGCCGAGAACCUGAGCUUCGAUCUGUUGAAUGAUGGAGAUGGUCAUGCCUCAUCCUGCCUGGCGGCUGCCGUCCUCCACGAACUGGUACCCUGCAGCGAUUGGGCCCAUUUGGACACCUACGGCACCGGCUUGCUGAGCACCUAUGGACUGGUGCCCUAUUUAACAGCCGGACGGAUGACUGGGAGACCUACCAGAACAAUAGUGCAAUUCCUUUACCAGAUGGCAUGUCCGGAGCAGCCUAAAUAGUUACGGAUAAGCCCGCUUUUCUAUAUACAUAUACGAUUACGUUUUUGUUGGCUAUUUUACCUCGCUCUUGGCCCCGGAUCUCAAAUGUUUGGCUUCAAUGUUGUACGUAUAUGUCUAUAUCCAGGACCAGUCGCAACAGCGAUCGUAGUUUUAGCGAAUUGACUGCAAGCCCUGCACUAGGGCAAUCAAAUCGUGUUCAAUGUUUUAGUUUAUGUUACUGACUCGGCCACAACCUGGGGCCAAGAGGUCCGAUAAGCGAGUGUAUAAAUGCCAUA